AGCAGCCCGGGCCCGCGGCGUGGAGCGCGCAAGAGUCGGCGCGGAGCGGAAUCCGGCACCGCUGGGAAAUCACAGAAAGAGGAAGCGGAGACGUGAACGGCCAGUCCCGUGAAAAUCGGAACCUCUUUCCCAACACCAUGAAGUGGCUCUUCGUCACCUCCAUACUGCUGAGCGCUCUCCUCCUCGCAGACCUGGCAUCCGCUCGGCGUUGGGAGAAGCCGCAUAAGCAGGCGAGCAAAACUAAAUACGGACACCAAGACUGCAAGUGCUUACAUGGAGGAACGUGCAUCUCCUAUCAGCUCUUUUCUCGAGUCAAACGCUGCCUGUGUCCCCCAGGGUACAGUGGAGACCACUGCGAAAUAGAUGCCGAAAGUCAGUGUUACACGGGCAAUGGGGAGGACUACAGAGGGACCAAGUCGGUGAACGACCUGAACGAGCGGUGCCUGAACUGGGACUCCCCUCUGCUGAAGAGGUGGCCGUACAACAGUGGCAUGGAAGGCGCCAUGGAGCUCGGGCUAGGCAAGCACAACUACUGCAGAAAUCCAGAUGGCCGGGAUAAACCGUGGUGUUACGUUAGGAGGGGGUACCGAACCUUUUCCACCUUCUGUGACAUAGCAGACUGUCACAAACGAGCCACGUGUGGCCAGAGGAGCUUUAGCAAGUACUUCAAGAUUGUGGGUGGGCAGAAGGCAGAAAUCGAAUCUCAGCCCUGGAUAGCCACCAUCUUCCAGUACAUGAAGAGAAAUUCCGCACAAAGGUUUUUAUGCGGCGGAACGCUCAUUGAUCCUUGCUGGGUUGCUACGGCGGCUCACUGUUUCAAGGGAAGGAGUCCCGACCCAUCCCAGUUCACAGUCGUUCUUGGAAAGACCUCGCUGACCACUGAUGAAGCGAAUGAACAAAGAUUUGAGGUUGAAAGUGUUGUCCCGCAUGAGGGAUUUUCAGAAGAAUCUCAAAAUCUUGACAAUGACAUUGCCCUUCUGAAGAUCAGAUCGUCUUCAGGACAGUGUGCAGAAGAGUCGAACUCUAUCAAAACCGUUUGUUUGCCGCCUGAAAACCUAGUACUGAAUGACAAUUUCCGGUGCGAAGUUUCUGGCUACGGGAAAGCGAACAGCAGUGAUAUUAUGUAUGCAAGAAUUCUGAAAUCUACCAAUGUGAAUCUGAUAUCCCAGUCUGUGUGCCGGGAUGAAUACUAUCACAAUCGCGGUCUGAACGGCAACAUGUUCUGUGCUGGAGACCCACGCUGGAAGACGGAUGCAUGCCAAGGUGAUUCUGGGGGCCCUCUGGUCUGUGAGUCCAACAACAGGAUGGUGCUCUACGGCAUUGUCAGCUGGGGAGAUGGCUGUGCCAAGGAAAGGAAGCCCGGCGUCUACACCAGGGUCACCAGAUACCUCCCUUGGAUCGAAUCCCACAUGAACGGAGUGCACUUCAAAAGCUACUACCCUCCUAAGUGAAAGCAGCAUUUCCUUCCCAGCAGGGACCUGGAGCGUGGAACCAGAGCGUGGAACCCCGAACUAGUGAAUACUGAGCCUAACUACAAUGCAGUGCAUUGAAACGCCCAGUCUGGCCUUGGAGUUGAUCUUAGCCUCUCUCGGGGGUAGCUUUUCAGACUUCUCACGGGGUCAUUUGUUAAUGUUCAUCCCAGUUUGUCUGAACAGAAAUUAUCUCCAUGGAUGAUACAAAAAUUCUCCAUUGGGAACAAACUACUGUGUUAUAUUUAACAUUUAAAUAUUGAGUGUUUGCCAGCUGAUGUACUUUACAUGGUAUUAUUAUUCACAGGGAUAGGUAUUAUAAUAUGUCAAUAGUUUUUGAGAGAUUUAAAAGUCAGCUGUUAACGGGCUAAUGGAGAAAGGUAAGCCUGCUGAAGUCCCUUUGUAUCGAAUAGAGUGAGAUCUAAGUGCUAAAUUGUUUUGAAAUGUUGGUGUCUGCAUUUCUCGAGUGCACUUAACUUUCUCCGUUCAGCUUUUACCACAUUUUGAUUUUUUUUGUGUCUAAAAUAUUUUUUCUUCUUUAAAAUAACGAAUGGCCACCAGCCCUUAUGAUCUCCAAACACGGAAAAAAGUUUGAGGGCGUCAGAAAGGGGGGAAGGUUACCCGGGACUGAUCAUGCGCUCCUUUUCUAGUUCCAGCAAAACCGUUAGUGAAGCAAUUGCUGUUGCUAAGAGGACCAUUCUUGAAAUUACUGGAUCUAGCGUAACAGUUGUAGCUGACACAGAUACAUCCAUGGCGUAGAGUUAAGGAAGCCUCCAUAUUCAGAGGCAGUCAACCUCUGAAGCCCACGUGCCAGGAGGUGACAUCAGAGGAGGGUUUUGGCCUCUGUGCCCUCUUCGUUGGCCCUCCUGGGCAGCUGGUGGGAGGUCGUGUAAGACACCUGAGGUGCAGGCAGUCCUUGCCUGGAAAAAAAUUGAAACGGUUCCCUUUAAAUUGUGUUUUUCAACCAGGGGCUGCCCACACCUGAGCUCCAAGGGGCAAAACCACUGCUUGGAAUCCAGGGAAGGUGUGCAGCUGCCCCCUCCUUCCCCUUCCUGCAAGUUUCAAAGGGCCGUUCAGCUGAUUGGCAGGCCACAUGGA